GAGGAAUAUAGUGGGAGAGAGAGCACAAGCCUUUAAUGUGUGUUGCUCUGGAUUUCCAGCAUUUGUAGAAUCAUCCCUGGAGUUAAAGAAUCUACUCUGAUGUACACAUGAAAGAGACUAAAUUGCAGGAUUACAGAGAAGCAAGAAAGAGAAUAUGUUGAUGGGAUUGUUCUUCUCGAUGCCAACAGGGAUCUGUGAUUUUGAUUUAAUAAAUAAGUAGAUCUGAACCUGAACCAGACUGACUGCAACCUCCAGGUUGCAUUUGACCCUGAGAAGAGCUUCUAAAAUAUAAAUGGGGCAUCACCAAGGUCACUUGAUUGCACAGAAGACACUAUCUGGUCUGCCGAGCAUUUCCAGUAUCUCCCUUUCCGUCCCUGAAGAAAGGCGUCGGCCUGAAACGUCGACUGUUUAUUCCUCUCUGUAGAUGCUGCCCGACCUGAUGAGUUCCUCCAGCAUUCUGUGUGCGUUGAUUUGGAUUUCCAGCAUCUGUAGAAUUUCUUCUGUUUUUUAAAAAAUUUUCCAGGUGCUGCAUUUCCUCAGUCUGGCUCACUAUUGCUGUAUUUUCUCAAACUUCUAAAGAGUGCCAAGUAGGACUGCGUCGCUGCGGGCUCUUUAAUUGCUGACAACAGCCCGCUUGGAAAGUGGCGCGCUUUUCUCUUGCAGUGGCUCCGCCUUCCACUCUGAUUGGAUGCGGCCUCAAGUUCCGGCCGGUCUCCACGUCCUAUUGGCUGCGCCGGCCGUCAGUCAGAGCUGGCGGCGCGCCGGUGUGCUGUGCUGCGGCCGCGGUCCUGGAGCCAUGAGAACUCUGGAGGAAAUUCGGGCCACUUUGGAAGUGGCCAAGUUGGACCCCGCCGACCUCCAGCCGUCAGUGCAAUGUAUAUCGUUCAGUGAAAAUGUCAGCUCGGGGGAUUACUGCCUCAUGGAACUGGACGAAACGCUCUGUAGAUGCAUUGAAUCCGGGCAGAGCUUGAUUAUCCGGGGUGAUAAGGAUGAACAUGCUGUAUUGUGUAGUGAAGAUAAAACCUAUGACUUAAAGGUGGCUGAUACGUCGAACAUGCUGCUCAUCAUCCCCGACUGCAAAACGCCCGAUCAGCUUCCACCCAACACAAGUGCACAACAGUUGACGCACUGUCAGAUUUUUGGUUUUGCUAAAAGCUACUGGGAGUUGAAGAGAUCACGGCCCAAACUGAGGAAAUUGAAGAAACUACUAAUGGAAAACCCGUACAAUGGACCAUCUGGUGAGAACGAAAGAAAUUUGGAAUAUCCAAAGUAUACAAGGGCAGAGUUACUUGAAAGAAUUCAAGCUAGUGAGCAGGAGCUAAUGCAGCAAUUGCAGCUGUUACGUGCCUACAGGAUUGAGGGGUACUGGAGAAUUCUGGAACUUGAUUAUGAAAUGAAGCUUCUGAAUCACGUGACUCAGUUGGUUGAUUCAGAAUCUUGGUCCUUCUCGAAGGUUCCUCUCAGUAUUUGCCUUCAAGAACUGGAACUUCUUGAACCAAGGGAAAUGAUAGAACAUUGUCUGAAUUGUUAUGGCAAACCAUACACAAAUGAAGGGGAAGUAUUCUAUGCCUUGAAUGAGGAUGAAGUCUGCAAAUCUGUUGCGCUGAUGCUGUUACAGAAUGCCGUAAAGUUCAAUCUAUCAGAGUUUGAGGAGGUGUGGCAACAGAGUGUACCUGAGGGGAUGUCAACAAGACUGGAUCAACUCAAGGGUGUUGCUCUUGUGGAUAGAAAUUCAAGGCCGCAGGUGAUUUUCCAGUUAAAUGUGGAGGAUCUGCCAGAGAGUAUACAGGAUCGAUUCAACAGUCUCUUUAACAUCAGGGAGAAAUGGACAGAAGAUGAUAUAGCUCCAUACAUCCAGGGUUUAUGUGGAGAAAAACAGACCACUGGGUCUCUACUGACCAAAUAUGCACGUUCAUCUGUGCAGAAUGGUGUGAAAGUUUACAGUUCAAGAAGGCCAGUUUGAAGGUGGAAUCGAACACACAAAAGCCGCCACAAAGAUGUGCAUCAAAUAUUGCAAGUGCUUGUGCUCCUCAGUCCUCCAUGGUUGUGGAAUUUUAAUAUGCAUUCUUCCUCACUACUCUUAUUUUUCCAGAAAUUAUGAUAAAGAACCAGGACCAAAAUAAAAGUUACACUGCUACUAAUUAAGUCAGAGGAGCAGGUGGAUGCUGUGAACAUUUAUACUUGAUUACAAAUAAAACUUUAUUGCGAUUUCCAAUCUACACAGUUACACUAACUUGUAUACCUACUGGUGGUUGUUUAGUGAUAUUUGUUCAUCAUUUGACACUUGCUGGUCAUGAAUAUUGUUUUGGCCAAUUCUAACCGAACCAAUUGCUGCUGCUGGCGACCCCCACAGAUUUGUUAUGCUGGUGUGAUGCGCCCUUAACUCCAAUAACGAUUGUUCCAAAAGUUAAAGGAUCUGUAUUUGAUCCUUUAUUAGCAAUUAGCAAACAUGCAAUUAAAAUUGAUCAUAACUAAGUGAAGUUGAAUGUAAUUUAGAAAUCAACAAAGGAUAUGACAUCCAUCAGCCCCAGAUGCAAACUGCCUCAGGCAAAGCACGAAUAAGUAACUUAUUCCCUUUGCUUUUUACCACGUCCAUGUGACCAGUUACCAAAAUAAACGCACAACACAAAUACAAUACUGGUAUUGAACAGAUCCGUGACUCCCACAGAUAUCAUAUGAUUGCAUUGUAGUGAAUGACAAUACAAGGUUUUCUAAAGCUCAAUUAUAUCUGAACUGAUUUGUUAAUAAACUGAAGAAUUCAGUUUAUUUAUUUAUUUAGAGAUAGGGUGUGGAAUAGGCCCUUUGGACCUUCAAGCUGCACCAGCCAGCAACCCUUGAUUUAACCCUUGCCUAAUCUUGGGGCAAUUUACAAUGACCAAUUAAUCUACCAACAGGUAACGUCUUUAGACUGUGGGAGACAACCAGAACACCCAGAGAAAACCCACGCACCCCACAGGGAGGACAUACAAACUCCUUACAGAGGAUGCCAGAAUUGAACUCUGAACUCCCUGACGCUGGAGCUGUAAUAACAUCACAAUAACCACUAACAAGAGAAAAUCUGUACGGAGUGUACCACCACACUAGCCUCUGCAUCCAGCACAUAAUUCUCCAAAACUUCCAACAUCUCUAAUGAGAUCCCACCACCAAGCACAUCUCUCCCCUCCCCCAUUUUCUGUUACCCACAGGGAUCGCUCUGUACACGACUCCCUUGCCCAUUCGUCCCUCCCCACUGAUCUCCCUCCUGGCACUUAUCCUUGCAACUGGAACAAGUGCUACACCUGCCCCUACACCUCCCCCCUCACUACCAUACAGGUCCCAAACAGUCCUUCCAGGUGAGGCGACACUUCACCUGUGGGUCUGUUGGGGUCAUGUUGUGUUCCGUGCUCCCGAUGUGACCUCUAGUAUAUCUGUGACACCCAAUGUAGAUUGGGAGACUACUUCACCGAGCACCUACACUCCAUCCGCCAGAACAAGUAGGAUCUCCCAUUUUAAUUUUAAUUCCACUUCCCAUUCCCAUUCCGAUCUGUGUAUCCAUGGCCUCCUCCACUGUCGUAAUGAGGCCACACUUCGGUUGGAGGAACAACACCUUAUGGUCCGUUUGGGUAGCCUCCAACCUGGUGGCAUUGAUUUCUCGAACUUUCAGUAAUGCCCCACACCCUCCCUCUCCUUCACUGUUUCCCAACUCCCCCCCCCCCGUUGCUCCCCCCCCUUUCUUUCCUCCAUGGCCUUCUGUCUCUUUUACCAAUUUACUUCUCAGCUCUUUACUUUAUCCCCUCCCCCUUCAGGUUUCACCUAUCACCUUGUGUUUCUCUCUCCCCUCCCCCCAACUUUUAUUUCUAUGCCUUAGCUUUCUUUCUCUGGUCUUGCCGAAGGGUUUCAACCCAAAACAUCAACUGUACUCUUUUCCUAGAUGCUGCCUGGCCUGCUGAGUUCCUCCAGGAUUUUGUGUGUGUUACACUAACCACUACCCUACUGUGGUGUUCAAAGUAAAUUUAUUAUCAAUGUAUUUAUAUGUCACCGUAUUCUACACUGAGAUUCCAUUUUUACAGGAGAACAAAUAAAUACAGUAGAACUAAUGGAAAAACUGCAUGUAAAGACUGACAAACAACCAAUGUGCAAGGAAGACAAACUGCAAAGACGUUAAAUAAAUAGAUAAAUGAAUAAAUAAUACUGAGAACGUGAGUUGU